CACUGGCUUUCUGGCACCUCACUUGGCUCCAUCAGUUUGCAGUGCGGCUGCAGUGGCUCACUGAAACAUCAACUGUGUUCAGAAAAGCGCGUGUGUCCUCUCUCCGCGCAAGCAGCACACUACAGGAUUUCCAAGAGUUUUGCUGCAUCGUGUGCGCGCUUUGCCGAUCUGGAUUCCGACAGCAGCGGUUUUGUAGACCUGGAUUUAAAUGCACGUCUGUCUGGAGCUGCACAAGGGAGUUAAAAGGGCUGAGGUUCCCAUCAAGCUGGUGCAAAGGCAGCUGUGUCUAAGAUCAUCUUCUUUGCUGGAUGUUCGGACCCGAGGAACCCAGGAUGGGAAAUUCUAAGCAAGCCAUGUUGUUUUGUCAGGCCGCUGUCUCCAAGCUUUUUGCCUGAGAAAAGAAGGAGACAGAGCAGCAGUGAGGAACCCGAGUGUGGACUUAAACCACUACAGACUAGACUCAAGACAGCAGGAUCAUGUCUGCUUGCACAGUCCCCCCAUGGAUGUGUUCCACCAUAGCUGGGCUGCUGCUCUGGAUGGGGUCCAUGUCCAUCUCUGCACUCACAAUCCAGAGUCAACAGAACCCUGUUGUCACCACCAACUAUGGGAAGUUGCGAGGAGUGAAAGUCACGUUACCCAAUGAGAUCCUGGGACCAGUGGAACAAUAUUUGGGGAUUCCAUAUGCAUUGGCCCCAACGGGUGAACGGCGGUUUCAGGCCCCGGAGCCCCCGAUGUCCUGGCCGGGCAUCAGGAAUGCAACUCAGUUUGGUCCCGUUUGUCCUCAGUUUUUGGAAGAUCGCUUCCUGCACAAUGAUAUGCUCCCUGUGUGGUUCACGGCCAAUUUGGAUACACUGGUAACAUACGUGCAAGAGCAGAGUGAAGACUGCCUUUAUCUGAACGUCUACGUGCCCACUGAGGACGGAGCGAACUAUCACAGAAAAGGUGCAGAUUUCAACAGUAAUGAUGGUGGCAGUGAUCAAGAUAUUCACGACGAGAAUGGCUUAAAGCCGGUGAUGGUUUACAUUCAUGGGGGCUCCUUUAUGGAGGGAACCGGCAACAUGAUUGAUGGCAGCAUCCUGGCAAGCUACGGCAACGUCAUUGUCAUCACAAUCAACUAUCGCCUCGGCGUUCUGGGGUUCCUGAGCACAGGAGACCAGGCAGCCAAGGGCAACUAUGGCCUGCUUGAUCAAAUUCAGGCUCUCAGGUGGAUCAAGGAAAACAUCCAGGCCUUCAAAGGAGACCCAAAACGAGUGACCAUUUUCGGCUCUGGUGCUGGAGCCUCGUGUGUCAGCCUGCUGACUCUCUCGCAUUACUCGGAAGAUAUGUUCCAGAAAGCUAUCAUACAGAGCGGCACAGCACUUUCUAGUUGGGCAGUCAACUACCAGCCUGCCAAGUACACACGAGUCCUGGCUGAGAAGGUGGGCUGCAACAUGCUGGACACCAUAGACCUGGUGGGGUGCCUCCAGAACAAGAACUACAAGGAGUUGAUUGAGCAGUAUGUGACGCCUGCCAAGUACCACAUUGCCUUUGGUCCUGUGAUCGACGGCGACGUAAUACCUGACGAUCCUCAAAUCCUCAUGGAACAAGGCGAGUUUCUCAACUACGACAUUAUGUUGGGUGUCAAUCAAGGCGAGGGAUUCAAGUUUGUGGACGGGAUAGUGGACAGUGAGGAUGGGGUCUCCGCAAAUGAUUUUGACUUUGCUGUGUCUGACUUUGUGGACCAUCUUUAUGGCUACCCCGAGGGCAAGGACACUCUACGUGAGACAAUCAAGUUCAUGUACACUGACUGGGCAGACAAGGAGAAUCCAGAGAACCGCCGCAAGACCCUGGUAGCACUGUUCACAGACCACCAGUGGGUGGCGCCUGCAGUGGCUACAGCUGAUCUCCAUGCCCAAUAUGGGUCCCCCACCUACUUUUAUGCUUUUUACCACCACUGUCAGAGCGACAUGAAGCCCAGCUGGGCCGACUCAGCCCACGGUGAUGAAGUACCCUAUGUAUUCGGUAUCCCAAUGAUUGGCCCGACAGAUCUCUUCAACUGCAAUUUCUCCAAGAAUGAUGUGAUGCUGAGUGCUGUCGUCAUGACCUACUGGACAAACUUUGCCAAAACAGGUGACCCAAAUCAACCAGUUCCACAGGAUACAAAGUUCAUUCACACAAAGCCCAACAGGUUUGAGGAGGUAGCCUGGACAAAGUAUAAUCCCAAGGACCAGCUCUACCUCCACAUUGGUCUCAAACCAAGGGUCCGAGAUCACUAUCGUGCCACCAAGGUCGCCUUCUGGCUGGAGCUGGUGCCGCAUCUCCACAACAUCAAUGAAUUCUUCCAGUACGUGUCAACCACAACCAAAAUACCGCCACAAGACACCACACCGUACCCUUACACCAAACGUUUUCCUGGCAAAAACAAUUGGCCCUCUACCACUCGCCAUCCUGGGGUGCCAUCCAGCAAUACCAAGCACACCACGGAUCAGCGCAAAAGCGACGACUUCAUUGACGAGUCAACUGUGUUGAUCGAGACCAAGCGGGACUAUUCCACCGAGCUUAGCGUCACCAUUGCUGUGGGCGCCUCGCUGCUCUUCUUAAACAUCCUGGCCUUCGCUGCGCUAUAUUACAAAAAAGACAAGCGACGUGCCGACUCAACCCGCCACGCUGCCACCCCGCAGCGCAAUUCCACGCCGGUCAACGCGCCCUCGACCGCCAAUGAUGUGGCCAACCUGCAGAGCGAGGAAUUGAUGACGCUCCAGAUGAAGCAGCAGCAGCUGGAACACGAGCAACAGCGUGAGUCCAUGCAAGUCCACGACACCCUGCGCCUCACCUGCCCACCCGACUACACCCUCACGUUGCGCCGCUCCCCCGACGACAUACCAUUGAUGACGCCGAGCACCAUCACCAUGAUCCCGAACUCACUGGCUGGCAUGCAGCCUCUGCACAACUUCAAUACUUUUGGAGGCAGCCAAAACAGUACCAACCUGCCCCACGGCCACUCCACCACACGGGUAUAGCUCUGUUGGGAUCGAACCGCACCAGAGUCCCACGGAGAGGGAGAACUGAUUUGACACAGACAAAUGGUAGUGAUGUGAAGCACAGACUCCAAAAUUUCACAGAGAAAUUAUUUUGCUACGCUGCCUUCUUGACAAGCAUACAUAGUUAAAAAAAAAAAAAAAAAAAAAACAAAGAUAUCUUUUUCAACAAAGAAAAUAUGAAUUGUGAAUGUCAAUGUAGUAAUAUGGAGAUAAGCUUCAUGGAGCUCUAUCAACACAAAAGCAACAACAGUGAAUGACUGAGUUGCUAUUCACCAUAUAAAAAAAGCAACCUAAUGCAUUGCGAUAACUGAGAUACAAAAAUAUCCUCUGGAAUCUCAUUUUUACUGAUUAUAAGUGUUUCAGACUCCUCGCUAGGUAAUGAAUAUUAUCACUAUCAAAAGAGAACUGUGACCAUUAAAAAAGAAGAAAAAGAGAUUCAUCCUAUUGCUGUUUUUGAUUGUUUUGUUCCAAGAUUUCUGUUGAGCUGUAAAUACUGUAUGGCACAUCCUGUUUCCCAUGAUUCAAUUUUUUUUUUACCUGCACAACCAAAACAAUUUAUGCCUUUGAGAGUUGCGCAUUUUGGGCCUCCAGGCCAUGUUGUAAAUAUUGUUAUAUUGUUUUGUGGGAUCCUUUUUAGUUGUUUGCAAGGAUUUUUUUUUUCUGUUCCAAACGUCCAACACUGAGCAAUUUGGUCUGCUGUCAGGUGGUUUUGCUUCAAAUUGUGUGUGUGUGUGUGUGUGUGUGUGUGUGUGUGUGUGUGUUGGGGUAGAUUUUUAAAACUGUAUUUAUACUGUUUAUUUCUGCCUGCACCAACAAUGUGGCCAGAAAUAUAGAAAUACAUUCAUCCAGGCAGCAUCACUAUUAGUUGUAAAAGAAUAAAUGAUGGAACAUACUGUAUGUUACAUACUUCAAAUUCUACUCAUGUGCUAGCAAUAUGUUAAGUAUUGUGUCAAGCUUGUGAUAUAUUUUGGGUUAAAAGCAAGUUAAUGAAUGUAAAUAGUCUAUUUAUUAUGAAAUGAAAGCAGAAUAACUCAAUGUUAAUUUGUUUUGCAUCUCCUAUGCUACGAAUAGGAAAACACUACAUCUGCUACAUCUAUUUAUCGAAGGAAAAAAAAAUUAAGAUAAGGACAUUUUAAAAAUGUUGGUUUCUUAUACAGUGUUUGUGUGCUAUUUUGCCUUAAGUGAUAAUAGAGAUGCUAUUUCUGGCUGGACACAUGUAUAAAGUUUUUCUGCAAUGUUUUU